GCAUUAGGCUAAUGGAAAAUCUGCUCCCUGGUCUCAUGACUCACUUCUUUGGUUCUGGGUAUGGGUCUCAUCCUUCGUUCAUCUUUCUUCAAACCUCAGCUACCAGAAUGCUGGAAUCUGCACGGAACACCAUCGUUACAUCGAUGAAUGCAUCAUGCCGCAAACCUAGCAAAGCAGUGUUUGACCCUCCGGUCAUCCUUUGUGACCAACAACUUUCCCCUGGUACCUUGGAAGUGCUUUCAUAUGGUCCCAAGUUUUCUCCAAAUCUUCCCACCUCAAGAGUUGACCAAUUAACUUCGGUACAUAAAGUUGCCUCGCAUAUUCCAGAACAGGGGAGGUCGGAGUUUCUGAACGCGGCAGUUCGCUCUGUCCGCUACCACCCCCCUCCGAAAGCAGGCAAGUUCCCGAUUCGGAAAGCACUUGAAGAGCUGCGACAGGGGAAACUCAAAUUGCUCGAAUCAGACAAGACCGGUGUUUUCGUGGUCAUGGAUCAAGGAACCUAUGGAGAGAAGGUCACGAAUGCACUGGAAAAGAACUUUGAUAAACUAAAGAAGAGGCCAUCAGGAUCUCUACGCGCAGAGGCAAAAAGACUGUGCACUUUGAUGAAUCUGCCCGCUCUCAAGAAAACGCUCAGUUCACCUGCAAAACAGUAUUUUUCCGUAUUUUUCACAGCCAAGACACAUAAGGAAGGAGUACCGCUCAGAAGCAUUGUAUCUGAAAGAGGUUGCUGGCAGAAACCCUUGGCCUUAUUCCUACAAAAACAUCUCUCCACGGUGACGCUCCUCCAGCCCUUUAGGAUUUCAAACUCCACAGAUCUUAUCUCGCACCUUACCUCCCUACACUCCACCAGCCAGCCACCCUCCAUGUUUUCUUUAGACAUAGAAGAGCUUUACUACAGCCUAGACCCCCAGAUUCUCUUGAAUUCCGUGUCUGAUGCGAUCCACGAACAUGGUCUCUGUAAGUUUCAAAAUACCUCAGGGAUCACAGCUAAGGAUUUCAUAGAUCUCAUUGCCUUAUACCUUCAGUCAACUCUCGUUGAAUACAACGGCAACAUAUUAAGACAAAAGAAGGGUGUUUGUAUAGGCUCCUGCCUAGCCCCAAUACUCAGUGAAGUGUUUCUCAUGUACGUAGACCGAUCAAUUAAGUCCCGACUGGAUGUUUUCGCCCCCGAAUGCCGAGUGUUUCGAUACGUAGACGACUAUCUUGUUAUUCAUCCGACCUCAAUCUCCUCACGGGCCAUUUGUGAAGCAUUCGAUUCCUGCUCGUCGGGUCUUAGGUUUACGAGUGAAGAACCAACAGAAGAGGGACUCCAGUAUCUGGAUUUAAGGCUUCAUCUUCAUCGCCAAGGCAUAUGCUGGAGUUUCCAGCAACGUUCCAAAAAACCGGUCCUCCCUUUCUGCAGCAACUACUCUAAAUUGGUAAAGCUUGAAAUUAUUCGAACCCUGUUUGCCUCUUCCCGUUCAAAAUCCUGUCCCCAUCUCUCAUCAACAAGCGUCCAACGCCAGCAUGACCGGCUUCUCCGAGCCGGGUAUCCAGCAGACCUCCUCCGUACUACCCUUCAGCGUCUCAUUACAGGGCCCAACCACCGAUCAUCUAACAACAAUGGACGCAGCCACACACGCCCGGCCUGUGUUCCAUAUGUGCAUAAUACUUCCCACCGCCUGAGGAGUCUCGCUGCCCGCUUCGAUACUAAGGUAGUAUUCACAUGUCGGAUGAAGCUAAAACAAAUGUGCCAAAGGGUAAAUAACGACGGUCGUCCACCAGAAUGCACCAUCAAACACGUCAACAAAUACGUCAAAUGCCGAGAGAAGCCAAUUUAUUCUAUUCCGCUCAGUUGUGGCAGUCAAUACAUUGGCCAGACGGGACGAUGCCUGAACGUUCGCCUUAGAGAACACUUUCUUGAAACCAACAAGGCGUCAUCCGACUCCUACCAUCCGAUUGUUGUCCACGCCCGCACCUGCCAAGAUUGCUCUCCUAGCUAUGCAAACACUACUGUGCUAGGCUCACACAACGACAAGUAUGGGCGAGAGAUCAUCGAAGCCUUUAAGAUCAAAACUGCCACAGACAAUGUUUCUGAGCCCUCACUAUCGUUAUCGACAGCAGAGAUGGAUUUCCUAGCGCCGGAAUUGUCAUAGAAAACAUCUCCCGUUUCUCUUCUUCUUCUUCCUUUUCAGGAAGUUAAAUUUCCGCCAUCUUUACCUUUUUCUUUAUCUUUUUCUAGU